CGGGACGCGUCGUGUUCCAGUACCAAGUAUCACUGACUGCUUCGAGUUCGCUCAGACUUGAGAUAUCAUCUGCUCAUCUAAUUUCAAAAUGGCGGGAUCAACCUGCGGUGAUGAGGUGGAGAAUGACAUUGUCGACAUCGAUGAGAUACAAUCACUUGGUGUCAAUGCCUCUGACAUUGCCAAACUCAAGUCAAACAACAUCUACACUGUUGCCUCUCUCGUUAGCACGCCAUCAAAGAGACUCCUCAAGAUCAAAGGCUUCUCUGAUACCAAGGUAGAGAAGAUCAAGGAGGCUGGCAAGAAGCUUGCGGUCGGUAUUAGGUUCUGUGUGCGAGUCUUGUGCUAACAAUUCCAAGCCAACUGCUGGUUUCAUGAGUGCUGCUGAGCUUAGAGUUAUUCGCGAACGUUGCAUUAGAAUCUCUACUGGUAGCAAGCAGCUUGAUGCAGCUUUGAAUGGCGGUUUGCAGACUAUGAGUAU